GCUAGCAGUUUAAAUAAAAUUUCGGGUUCCGACUUGUAUUAUUGACAUGUACCAAUUACCUCUUUUAGUCCUAAAUGCUAGGUACCAAGGUACUUCGGCCAAGCCACUGUCCAUAUUCUGGUGAUACAGAUAUAUCCUUUCAUUGGUAGGACCGCACCAUUCGUCGGCUUAGCUCUGUCCAUAAUCUUUUUGCAUUUUCUGGACCAAUCAAUCUGUUAGCUGUGUAGUAGCUGUCCGCAGUCUUUUCCAUGGUUUGUCUAUAAUCUUGUCCAAAAUCUUGUCCAAAAUCCUCUUGGUGAAAAAGCUGGAUCGGCGGUAAUCAUUCCGACGACUUGCUGCGUUGGUAUUAAUUUCCUUCGCCCGGUAGAAGCACGUAAAGUGACGUCCCUACAAAGCUCGAGAAUGAGUGCCAAUGCGGGUGCCGAUAUAAAUAAUAGAAACCAAUCCCCCAUAGUAAAAGUCCCCCCAGAACACACUUCCCACCCAUAUCCUAUAAGAAAUAUUACCUGGAAUGUUAUUGGCGGAUGCGACAAUCGUGGGAAUCGUUAGUGUACUUAUGAUGUGCCUUAUCCCAUAUAUAACUUCCCUUCUACGACGAAUGCGUCGCCGCAAGACACGCCUAGCACGAGAACACCAAACCAUUGAGCUCGAAUUGAUCCCUAGAGUGAAUGCCCAAGCCGCCGCGUCCGAGCCAGUCCCUAGAGCAGAUGAUCCGGCAUUACUUGAAGGUGGGAUGUCGUACUUCCUACAACACAGAACUGAGACUAGGACCCUCGUGGUCCGGUCUUCUUCCAUGCCGACUCCUCGUCCAGACCGUAACCACUCCCUACACGAGCUCGACAUGUUCCACGACUAAGUCUCAACAGGAAACCCUGCAUGGUAGACGCUGGUUGAGGAACUCGUUGCGCAUAGUACAUAAGCUUGCUACUGUAUCUGCGUAUCGGUUCGAAGGGAGGGGAAUGACCUAUGCAACUAGAUGGACUAGGAACAAUUUCAGGCGAUAGAGGAUAUAUUCAUGUUAUAAAGUUAGGCGAAGCCCCAUUGGGGAUUCUUUACUGGGACUUCUCAAAGCAACAUGUAGACAUGUCCAGCAUAAGCAAUCGACUUGAUUAUCUAUUUAAGAGUUAGCAAAGUUCAUAACAAUACUUCAGGAUGAAGUC